UGGGGCUCCAUUCUCACACGGGAGCGGACCACCGCAACCUCCAACUGGUGGCUUGGACACAUCAGUAUGUAUUAAAAAAAUAAAAUAAAUAAACUUAAGUCGCAUGAAGUGGUCAUAUAUAAAUUCAAUUCCAUAAUAAUCAGGGUGCAAUUAAGAUCUGACAAUGAAUGUGUAUUAAAUAAGUAGAUAUAAUCAAUAGGAAGCUAGUAGUUGGGAUAAAAGGAAUUAUGUUGAUGGUGGUAUAACAGGGAAAGAUGAUGGAGAGAGAAAGAAGAUAUAAUACAAAUCUAAUACUCCUAAAUCUUUUGCGUAAUUGACUACAUGCCCCUUCGGAUAUCUAGAAGGACGCAGAUAAUUCAUAUUGCAGGGGAUGUUACACUAGCGAGUGGCUUCCACGAAACGUUCACAGUUCACUAUUGUGAGGGGCACAUUUAAAACUAUAGCCCAAGGUGAUCUCAAAACUGUAAUGCAGGCUUGUGGUCACCGAGGAGCUAUAGUUUUAACAUGACCCGAAAAUUAAGCAGUCAACAUUUGUUUUACAUACCGCAUUCCGUUUGUGGAUUCUUAAAAAGGCAAAUGAAACCCAUUAAGUAAAAACCCCGUUCAAAAUGUAUUUUGAAAUGUCUAUUGAGGAAAAGCUCGCUUUCGUUGUUAACUUCAUGCCCAUCUUGUGCGUCCUUGCAUCUGUCGCCUGCCUAUUGAGAUUGAAUUACGCAAAAGCGAUAUCGGUAGAUAUCGAGCAUGCGCUAUCAAUUUUUUAUUGGAGAUGUUUUGAACGGUGGGAAAAAUUAAAUGCCAGCCCACUUGAUGUCAAUUGACCAAUCGGAUUUCUCAGCUUCUAGAACCCAUCUUAUAAUAGUGAAUGUCAUACAUGUGGUUGUGACCAAUCAGAUGAUUGGUAUCUUUAUAUCCGUUAUAUAAUAUCAUUUACAUUUACUUUUAAUGAAUUAUUAAAGCUCCUCAGAUGGAUGGUCGGAUCAUUUCUAAGACAGCCUAGUCUAUACGCCUCACUGCUUGUUUUAUGGUGUUUACUAUUUUAUAAUUUUGAGUGUUUGUAUUGCCGGCCGGCCUCAGCCCUCAGCAAUGGAACAAAACGCAACUAUUUUGCUUCUGGUCCUUGUAUCAAUCUGUUGGACUGGAGGGCAUUGUGCAACGACCAAACCCACGACAAACCCAACAACACUGAUACCUGUACAAUCGGAACCUGUGACAUCUCAACCCACUGUUGGUCCUAUUCAGGAUGCUAGCCCUCUAGGAUUAGAAAGUGGGGCAAUCCCAGAUUCGAGCUUGACAGCUUCUAGUGAGUAUGACGCCAACCACGGUUCGCGCCGAGGACGAUUAAACAUAGCUCAAGUCGGAGCCCUGUUCGGAGGAUGGUCUGCCAAAACAAAAGAUUUGAACCAGUGGAUUCAGGUUGAUCUUUUAGAUACGUACAGCAUCGUAGGAGUGGCAACGCAAGGUCGUCAGGACCAGUUCCAGUGGGUAUCCACCUUCAAGAUUGCCUGCAGUAUGAACAGUAUUACCUUUGAUACAGUGAAAGACCCCGUUAACACCGACAACGACAACAUCUUUGCCGGCAAUAGUGACCGAAACACCGUGGUUUACAAUCGCUUUCCCGUGCCAAUGUCGUGUCGAUAUGUUCGCCUUUUACCUUACACUUGGCAGCAACGUAUUUCUCUUCGUAUGGAGCUCUUUGGGAGACGCCUUGGCCCUAUCCAGGAUGGUAGCCCUCUAGGCCUAGAAAGUGGGGCAAUCCCAGAUUCGAGCCUGACAGCUUUUAGUGAGUACAACGCCAACCACGGUCCGCGUCGAGCGCGGUUAAACAUGGCUAAAGUCGGAGCCCUGACUGGAGGAUGGUCUGCCAAAACAAACGAUUUGAACCAGUGGAUUCAGGUUGAUCUUUUAGCUACGUACAGCAUCGUAAGAGUGGCAACACAAGGUCGUGAGGAUUAUUCCCAGUGGGUAACCAGCUUCAAGAUUGCCUGCAGUAUGGAUAGUGUUACCUUUGAUACAGUUAAAGACCCCACUAACUCCGACAACGACAAUAUCUUUCCCGGCAAUAGUGAUCGAAACACCGUGGUUUACAAUCGCUUUCCCGUGCCAAUGUCGUGUCGAUAUGUUCGCCUUUUACCUUACACAUGGCAUGAACAUAUUUCCCUUCGUAUGGAGUUCUUUGGAGAACUCCUUGGCCCUAUCCAGGAUGGUAGCCCUCUAGGCCUAGAAAGUGGGGCAAUCCCAGAUUCGAGCCUGACAGCUUUUAGUGAGUACAACGCCAACCACGGUCCGCGUCGAGCGCGGUUAAACAUGGCUAAAGUCGGAGCCCUGACUGGAGGAUGGUCUGCCAAAACAAACGAUUUGAACCAGUGGAUUCAGGUUGAUCUUUUAGCUACGUACAGCAUCGUAAGAGUGGCAACACAAGGUCGUGAGGAUUAUUCCCAGUGGGUAACCAGCUUCAAGAUUGCCUGCAGUAUGGAUAGCGUUACCUUUGAUACAGUUAAAGACCCCACUAACUCCGACAACGACAAUAUCUUUCCCGGCAAUAGUGAUCGAAACACCGUGGUUUACAAUCGCUUUCCCGUGCCAAUGUCGUGUCGAUAUGUUCGCCUUUUACCUUACACAUGGCAUGAACAUAUUUCCCUUCGUAUGGAGUUCUUUGGAGAACUCCUUGGCCCUAUCCAGGAUGGUAGCCCUCUAGGCCUAGAAAGUGGGGCAAUCCCAGAUUCGAGCCUGACAGCUUUUAGUGAGUACAACGCCAACCACGGUCCGCGUCGAGCGCGGUUAAACAUGGCUAAAGUCGGAGCCCUGACUGGAGGAUGGUCUGCCAAAACAAACGAUUUGAACCAGUGGAUUCAGGUUGAUCUUUUAGCUACGUACAGCAUCGUAAGAGUGGCAACACAAGGUCGUGAGGAUUAUUCCCAGUGGGUAACCAGCUUCAAGAUUGCCUGCAGUAUGGAUAGUGUUACCUUUGAUACAGUUAAAGACCCCACUAACUCCGACAACGACAAUAUUUUUCCCGGCAAUAGUGAUCGAAACACCGUGGUUUACAAUCGCUUUCCCGUGCCAAUGUCGUGUCGAUAUGUUCGCCUUUUACCUUACACAUGGCAUGAACAUAUUUCCCUUCGUAUGGAGUUCUUUGGAGAACUCCUUGGCCCUAUCCAGGAUGGUAGCCCUCUAGGCCUAGAAAGUGGGGCAAUCCCAGAUUCGAGCCUGACAGCUUUUAGUGAGUACAACGCCAACCACGGUCCGCGUCGAGCGCGGUUAAACAUGGCUAAAGUCGGAGCCCUGACUGGAGGAUGGUCUGCCAAAACAAACGAUUUGAACCAGUGGAUUCAGGUUGAUCUUUUAGCUACGUACAGCAUCGUAAGAGUGGCAACACAAGGUCGUGAGGAUUAUUCCCAGUGGGUAACGAGCUUCAAGAUUGCCUGCAGUAUGGAUAGUGUUACCUUUGAUACAGUUAAAGACCCCACUAACACCGACAACGACAAUAUUUUUCCCGGCAAUAGUGAUCGAAACACCGUGGUUUACAAUCGCUUUCCCGUGCCAAUGUCGUGUCGAUAUGUUCGCCUUUUACCUAACACAUGGCAUGAACAUAUUUCCCUUCGUAUGGAGUUCUUUGGAGAACUUCUUGGUGAGUUUGUAGAUGAGCUAGGAGGAUGA